AUGAAUUCAUAUGUAUAUAUUUUAUUUAUUUUCUUGUUUACAUUUAUAAUAUUUGUUACUAGUCAAGAAACAUCGAAUAAUGAUAAUAUCAAAAGAAAAAAACAAGAUUUUUAUUGUUCAGCAUGUAAAUCAAUGAGUGAAACAAUAUUUCGUGAAAUGAAUAAUGCUGAUCCCAAUGAACGUGUUCAAGUUGGAUCAUAUCGUGUUGAUGGUCAUGGACAUCAAAAACUAAAAGAUGUGCCGAUUAUUGAGACAAGAUAUCAUUCAGAAAAUGUUGUGGAUAAUAUCUGUUCAAAAAUUAUUAAUAAUAAUCAAGAAGAAAUACCAAAACAUUUAAAAAAUCUUUAUGAACAUGCUUGUGAUGAUAUUCUUGAAGAACAUCACGAUAGUCUUAUUGAUUUACUUGUUACUCAAAAUAAAAAUAUACAAACAUCUCGACAAUUAGCAGAACUUUUAUGUAUUGAAACGCAUCAAUAUUGUAAAGCCGAUCAACUUGAUGAGCUUUUUACAAUAAUAUCAACACCAGCGCCUGUGGUAGAAGAGAACAUAGAAAAAAAAGAAGAAGAAGAAGGAGAAGAGGAACAAGAAGAACAAGAAGAGAAGAAGAAUGAAUUAUAA